UGCGAAUACUGAUCUUCUUGUGCAUUCUCCCAUCAUGCGACUGUAUUUCUAUUUCUAGCCACCCAGUUGAAGUAGUUGGGAUACUGCGUUGUAACACCAAACCCGCUGUUAACGUGGAUAUGAUGCUGGUAGAAAAAGGAGCUUCUUCCAGACGAAUCCUGGCUCUUUCCGAAUCGCGCCGCCAAGGUUCUUUCAGAAUUUCAGGCCAUGCUAGAGAUACAACCCGAACACGACUUUUCAUCUAUCAUAGAUGCAACUAUAAAGGGAUUGGCUACAAGAAGCUCACCAUAAAGAUCCCACAAUAUCGUGUACACAAAGUCAAAGGAGUAUCAAAAAAUCUCUACAGUACAAGACUACUGGAACUCGCCGAGGAGCACAAGCACAACGGACAAAGGAUCGAUGUCGUUGAAGGGCUUCCCGCAGUAAUGGUUGCAAGAAACCGGGGCGGCUAAGUUACACAAGAUGAAUAAAGACUUCCUCAUUCGACCGCAACUUUUAGGUGUAUGGGAC